AUGCGGGACACAGCAGCGAUGCGCUUUGACAAGCGGUAUACUCUGCAAAAGCAAAACAACCGAGACGGGACUGCUCAAGUUAGAACUUGGCCCGGACAGGCUCUUCCUAGAAUCAUAGAACUGUAGAGCCGGAAGGGAUCCCAUGGGUCAUCUAGUCCAACCCCCGGCAAUGCAGGAAUCUCAGUUUAAGAUGACAGAAGGCCAUCGCAUCCAACCUCUGCUUCAAAACCUCCAAGGUGUCUUUUGGAACAAGAUGGAGAUAGACUGAAAUUGCAGAGUUUUGAAAAACUAAAAAACAAAGUGCGAGACUGGCUUCAUUAUCAUCAGAUAAUGGAGGCAUACAAUUUGGACAAGAAAAUCGGCUUCCAGGUGGAAAAAUCAAAACUAGAAACAGAAUUGUUAGAACCCAAAACUAAGAUUUUGUCAAAGAUGUAUAACUUGCUGUUGAAAUGGAAUACUCAGGAUGAAACGGUGAAAUCUGCUACGAUUAAAUGGGCACAAGACGUUGGACACAACAUAAUGAUGGCUGACUGGGAACAGUUGUGGACCACAGGUAUGAAGUUUACGGCAUGUAAUGCCUUAAGAGAGAAUAUUAUGAAAAUGAUAUACAGGUGGUACAUAACCCCAGUCAAGCUUGCAAAAAUCUACCAUUUGCCCGAUAACAAAUGUUGGAAAUGUAAAGAAACUGAAGGUACAUUCCUUCACCUCUGGUGGACGUGCCCAAGGAUUAAGGUUUUCUGGGAGAUGAUUUAUAAUGAAUUAAAAAAGGUAUUUAAAUAUACCUUCUUAAAGAAACCAGAGGCCUUUCUCCUGGGCAUAGUCGGCCAAUCGGUGUUAAAGAAGGACAGAACUUUCUUUAUGUAUGCUACAACAGCAGCAAGAAUACUUAUUGCAAAGCAUUGGAAGACACAAGACCUACCCACACUGGAAGAAUGGCAGAUGAAAAUGAUGGACUACAUGGAAUUGGCGGAAAUGACUGGCAGAAUCCGAGACCAGGGAGAAGAGUCGGUGGAAGAAGAUUGGAAGAAAUUUAAAGACUAUUUACAGAAAUAUUGCAAAAUUAAUGAAUGUUAGAAUGAUGUUGGAUUGAAGUUAAGUGGUUUCUAGCUGUAAUGGUAUAAGAAUAUGGAAAAAUUGGAUUUUAAUAGGUCAAAACUUAAUGCUAUAAUAUAUUAAGAUUAAAGAUUAGGAUAAAAUAAGGAGGGAAAGGAAUUGCUGAACUAAUAAAUUGAACCAGAAUACAAAAAAGGGAGGCAUGAGGAGGUCCGGGAAACAAGUAAAUGAAAGAUAAGUGAUGAAAAGAUGGAAUUGUUUUUAAUUGUUGUUUUUUUUUUUGUAUUUUGUAUUUUUCUUUUCUCUAUUUUUCUUUUUCUUAUCAAUGUAAUUUUUUUUGGAAACUUUAAUAAAUAUCAUUUAAAAAAAAAAAACCCUCCAAGGUGUCCACAACCAAUGUCGAGCAGCUCCUUACCAGUUCCAACUCCAGGAAUUCUCCAAAAAAAUAAUGGGGGACCCUUCCCCUUUAAAAAACAAAAACCCACCUAGGUCCAGAGAUUGAAGGCGCGCCUUUCCCUUCCAGCCAAGUCUGUCAACCCCGGGUGGCGCGAGCGACCGAGCACGUGACGCCAACGGCCUCCGCCGCCUGCACAGCGCAGGCGCGAGAGCGCGCGCCGGCUUCGGAAUGCUUAGCCGCACGCGGGGAGACCGUUAGUUGCUUAGCCAGGGGAGAGAGUUCCGGCCCUGGCUCCACCCACUUUCACAGGCGGCCCCGCCCACUUCGCGCUUCUAAAAGUGUGAAGGCGGCGACGGGUGGGCCUUGUCAGUUGUGGUUGGAGCGGGACGCCGAAAGCUGCCGAGCCUUUAAUUCGUCGGAGUUCGCGAUAAACGGUAAGGAGGGGAUAUUUGGAGAGGAAGGAGGAGGAGUUGUUUGUUCGUCGAGGUGGAAAUUGGGAGUUCGUUGUCAUGGGAGAGCGAGGCCUGUAAGCCGCCUUGAGUCCCCUGAGGGGAAAAGACGGGGUAUACAUAUUUAAAAUCUAAACGAAACAAGCACCAACAAUUAAGAGCCUCAGAAAGAUGGAGGAAAAGCGAAAUUUUAUGGAGGCCUGAAAACGCGACUCCACCACCCCAGGUUCACUGUAUGGGUUUUCCAUUUCAGUAUUUGGCCCCCGUCCCGUCGAGGUUGCCCUUGGACUUUUUCCUUUUAAGCGGUCUCCUGAAUCUCAGGGAUUUUUUAAAUUUAAAUUUAUUUAUUUAUUUUGGAGUUCUGGUGUGUGGACCCAACCAAAGCGGGACUCCGCCCCUCGCACUUCUUUGCCAAGUCGCCUUUUAAAAAAAGAAUAUUUCUUGGUAUUGUUUCGAAUAUAGCAGACGGUGUUGUUAUAGCUAACGGGCAAAUAGGUCGCUGAAAAUUAAAUCCGUCACUUUAAAGUUCAGCAGCGUACUGUCCUGGGAGUUUUUACUGGGACCCAAGCCCAGGUCCAAGACCAUUUGGUUUCUCUGAACGGUUCAGCAGCAAGUAGGGGCUGUCUAUCUAAUAUAUGUGUGUGCUUUCUUUUGAUGUGAUGGGUUAGGAAGCGGAUAGGGUGGCCAUGUGGUUAAAUCAUUUGAGUAAAUUAAUCAUAUCUGAUUUGAUUAGGUAAAGCUACAUAUGUUUGUAUACCAAAACCAAUAAUCCUGAAUUCCUUAUUUUCUCAUAAUGCACACAGGUAUUGCAGCUGACACCCUCACUCUUUGUCAGUACUUGUAUUUUUUUUUUUUUAAAAAACCCCUGAAAAGAAACAUGCUGCCCAGGCACAAGAAUGAUUCCCAUGCCUAGUGGUGUGGGUUGUCUGGAAAAUCUUGAAUUGGAAGGGUUUCCAUGAAUUUAUGAAAUGGAAACUUCCCCCAGAAAAGCACUGGAAAACCUCACUGCCCAUGUUACAUUUUAGACACAGAAAGUUGUAAAAUGUAUUUGUAUUAAUGUACUUUUAAUCUUUGUUGGAAGCCUCCCAGAGUGGCUGGGGAAACCAAGCCAGAUGGGCAGGGUACAAAUAAUAAAUUAUUAUUAAAUUAUUAUUAUUAAAAGUGGAGUUGUCUACCUGGUUCAUUAUGACAGUAGCAAUCUGCAGUAUCUGGCUGCUAUUAUUAGAAUUUUGCUUUCAAACAGACAAACCCAAAAGUAGCUGAGGUCUAUUUAGGUUGGGAGAAAAAGUAAUUAACAUAUUCAGUUAUAAUAAUCAUUAUUUCAUGAUAACUCUGACUGCUAAGACAUGUUCAGAUACAUGUAACUAAAGCUUAUAGAUUCAUAAAUGUGCAAAGGAAGUAGUUUCUUCUUUUACAAAAUAUUUUAAAAGGCUAAAAACCAAAAUGGAAGAUAGUGUCCAGCAACAGCUGACUUUGAUGAUUAGGGUUUAUUUAACUUGCACAUAUCCACUGCCAUUCUCAAGGCCAAUAAAAUCACUGCAUGCCUACCUAGGAUACAACAAAGUAAAAGUUCACAAAGGCAUCACAAAUCACAUCUUCACAAGCGCAUUGUACAAGGUAUGGACAACUUAUCAGCCCUUAUUGGAACUGUGUACACCAUGGUGGCUAUCACCAUUAGAAGCCUUCUCAGUCAAAACAGUAAAUAAUGUAUAACAGGGAAUUGGGCAACGUACAGCCAAUUAGUAAAGGAAAAACAAGGCCAACCAAAGCUGAAAACAUUCAAAGAAAUAAGGCACAAUCUCACAGACUGGCUUCAAUAUCACCAAUGUUUUUUUCCUCGGAUAAAAAAUUAGGCUUUGGGAAGGGAGAAUCAAAGUUGCAAAAAGUAUUAUUAGGAAAUAAUAAAAAAUUAUUAUCUAAAGUAUACAAUCUAUUAUUAGAGUGGGACUUAUAGAGUUUAUCUUUUGAUAAACAAAUAAAAGAAGCACAGAUCAAAUGGGCUCAAGAUAUCGGACAUGUAAUACAAUUAGACCAGUGGGAAAGGUUAUUGAAAAUUGAUAGAAGAUUCAAUAGAAGAUUCACUGCCUGCUAUUCUGUAAAAGAGAAUAUCAUGAAGAUGUUCUAUAGGUGGCAUAUGACUCCUAAAUAUAUAUAAAAUAUAUAAGACCAAAUCCAAUCUUUGUUGGAAAUGCAUGAAAGUAGAGGGUACUAUAAUGCACCUUUGGUGGGGCUGCAAAAAAGUCAAAAAAAUUCUGGGGCUGCAUCCACGAUGAACUAAAAAAAGAUGCUCAGGAUAUCUUUAGGGGGGGAAAUCGAGUCAUUCUUUCCGAGUAGUAGGAUAUGAGAUACCACAAGACAGGGAAAAAAUCUUUUAUGCAACUGCAGCAGCCAGGUUACUCCUUGCAAAGAACUGGAAAGGAAAUUAUAUAUCCACAGAAGAGAAUUGGCUAUCUAAAUUAACAGAAUUUAUAGAACUGGCAAAAUUAACUGUGGCAAUAAGAUAUCAAACACAUCAGAAAUUAAGGUCACAAUGGUUAUGGUUCGAAGAGUAUAUGAGUAAACACUGCUCUAAAGAUAACAUGCUGAUAUGUUUAGACUAAGCUCGUAAAGCCAUCUUGAUAAUAUAAUAGUAUACUAAAAGAAAUAAUGUAGUGAUACAUGAUUUGCAAUGUAAAUAAGAACUUGAAUGAAAAAAUGACGAGCACUGGUGGAGGGAAGUCACAAAGGUGUAUUUUCUUCCACCUAUUUUAUGUACUUAUUUCUUACCUUAACUUUUUUCUUUCGUUUUUCUUCUUUUCCUUUUUUGUUGUUAUUAUGAUGAUAUUAUGGUUGUAAAUGUAUGUGUAUUAAUAUUUGUAUGAAUGUCUAAUCAAAUAAAUUAAAAUAAAAUAAAUUUUAAAAAAUCACUGUAGAAAACAAAUACAUUAAAACUGUAGUCCUGUACUUGUUUACCUAGGAACAAGUCCCACUGAACUAAAUCAGGCAUACUUCUGAAUAAACAUGUUUAGGAUUACACCGUAAAUCAAUUUACAAUGACAUGAAAAAUAUGACUCCUACGAUGAUGUCCGCUUUAGUGCCUCCCUCAAGAAAAUAGCCGUAAACAUUCAAAGAGUGCAUAACAGUUCAUAAUACGCUAAUAGUAGAUUGGGAAAUAGUUUACUGUUUUAGCCAUAGUGAACAUUCCCAAUCAAAUCAGGAUUAAUAGGCCACUACUUUUGCUUGACAAAACCAUUUCUGGCGAACCAGAGCAGCGCACGGAAACGCCGUUUACCUUCCCGCCGGAGCUUCCCUUUACCUUUUACUCUUGCUUAUUAAACAAGAGAGGCUAAACCUGUUAUAUAUUUAGUUGAAAGAUACAGCUGCUAAGUUCACGUUUAGGGUGUUACUGAAAUAUUGCAUAACAUUAGGAAUUAUUAGGAAUUUAGCUUCUUUUUUUUCUUUUUAAGGAUGAGACAAAGUUCAAAGAUAGGGAACAGGGUUAAGGGUUUGGUGUGCGAUGCUAGAGAGUGUGCUACAGCAGGUGGACAACCUUAAAGUUGCAAGGCUGCUAAAUGCAUGUUAAGCUUCUUAAUUUCUGGAUGUUCUAUAGUUAUUUGCAUGUACAUGUACCUUGUCUUUUACAGUAUGGCUCCUCAAAGUGUUUAAAAUAAUGGAAACAAAAGGAAUGAUUGGUAAGCCCCUCCAGCCAGCAAGACCUGCACGCCAUCUCUCGUCCCAUGGUAAGCAUCUUGAUGAUUUUGGAGUGCAUACUUGGAAAUAGAGUACCAAACUAUAUGUAAUUUGCUGUUGCAUGAUGUGGUUCUUAAAUAUUAAAUAGCAAUUAGAGGAGAGAUCAGAAUAAAGGGAGGGAAUUUUAAGCCUUUCCUUCUGUGCCACAGUCCUAACAAUAGUCUGGGGGGGGGGAUGAAUUUCUGAAGUUCUUUUAGAUGAGGUAAAGAAGUAGAAAGAUGGGCAUCAAGGUUGAGAACUCAGGGAAGCUGCCAUUGUCACCAGUGGCAUUUAUGAUAGUUUAACCCUAAGAGAUAGCAUUACUAGUUUUUAUGUGCCCAUAUGUAUUUAUUGCAUUUAUCUAUUACCAUUUAUGCCAAGACACUAUUAGAAAUAGUACAAAAUAUUCUCUGACUGAUAUCUAGAGCUGAUGGCACUAGCUGUUUUGGCAUUUAAUCGCAGCCCUCCAUUACAAGUCAUGCAAAGCAAGGUUCUUCUGAAUAUUCCCUGAGAUAAAGUUCCAUUAGAUAUAGUGGGGCUUAAUUCUGAGCAGACAUCUACAGAACUAUGCUGUAAAAAUAACCAACCCGCCCCGCUUAUAUUUUUGCCAUAUUCAUUGACAACAUUACCAUCCUCUCUGUUAUACAUACAUAAAGUUAUAUUUUAAUUGUACUUUACUCUCCACAUUUGGUCUGCUGGCAAGUAAUGCUGCUUUUCUCUUAAUAACCCUGCAGAGAAAUACAGCCCUUCCUCUCUGUUGCGUUCGUGAAAACUCGGGUUCAUUUCCUGGUCACCCCUUGCAUUUACUACUGCAACUGUCCAUUUCUGGCAAAAAAAAAUCCUAACUUCACCAAGGAGUUCUGAACCGGUGGUGACUGACCAGGAAAGAAAUAUUGGCUAUGGCGGAUAGCUCAAUGAAAAUGUCAAACCAGUGUACAGCAGCUUUGGGGGGAAAAGUGAAUGACAUGUUGGGGGUCAUAAAGGAAUUGAAAAUAUUAUUAUUAUGUCUUUAUACAAAUUGUGGUGCAACCACACUUGGAAUAUUGUGCACACUUCUGGUGUCCACACUUCAAGGAUAUUGUAGAGCUGAAAAGGGUUCAGAAAUGAGCAACCAAAAUUAUCAAGGGACUGGAGAAACUCCCCUAUGAGGAAGCAAACAACAUUUGAGGCUUUUUAGUUUAGGAAAAAGGAGUAAGUGGAGAUGUGAUAUAAGAUUAUGCAUGAUGUAGAGAAAGUGGAUGGAGAUAAUUUUUUUCUCCAUUUCUCAAUACUAGAACCCAGUCAUUCAAUAAAGCUGAAUGGAAGAUUCAGAAGAGACAAAACAUACUUCUUCACAUUGUGCAUAGUUAAACUAGGGAGUUUGCUCUCAUCAGAUGUGAUACAGACUUGGAUAGCUUUUAACAGGAAUUGGAUAAAUUCAAGCAGGACAAGGCUAUCAACACGUAGUAGUAAUGAUGGCUAUAUCGCCUCUAGCAUCAGAAACAAUAUGAAUACCAGUUGCUGUGGAACAUGACUGAAGAAAAUACUGUUUCAUUCAUGUCAUGCUUCUGAGCUUUCAAAAUACAACCACCCCCCAAACUUUGCUUGGCUUUUAGUUAAGAAGUUUAUCUCCCCUAUUUUUAUCUUAAAUUGUUUUAUCAUGUUCUUAGUUGUGUGGUAAUAAUUUUAGUGACUUGCUUUUAUAUUUUAUGUAAGCCUAUAUGAUUUUUUAUUUUAAAGAACUACUUUGAAUUUAUUAUUUUUUGAAAGCACAAUAUAAAUUUCUUCAUAAAUAAAAAAGCCUAAGUCCACUAUGUUCUUCCAUUGUUUACUCCUGCCUUAAUUUCUGUUACCUUACUAGUGGCGAAACAUGAUCAGCUGUGCUGUAUUUUAUAUUGUAAGCUUGAGAUAUUUACAAAUCAUCAUGUACAUUGAUGGUUUCAUGUAUGUUUCGUAUGGACUAAAUAUUACACUGUUGCUCUGGAUUCAGGGUGUUUAAUUUUUGAAGUUGGAUUAGAGCAAGAAAGUGUAGUUCAAUUUACUAACAAAUAAGUAAACAUAUUAAAUUAUUUCUACAACAUCCUUUCCCACAGUAUCAGCAACCACUUUCACUUUCCAGACAAAGUUUCCAUGCAACCCUUCUGUACAUUUGCAUAAUGAAAUUAGUUCGGUAAGUAUUCAUCCAGUAUGCAAAAUAAAUAGUAUUCACUAUAUUCUGGGCUACUACAAAUAUCCCAAUUGAGCUUUGAUAUAACUAGAUAAUAACUGUGUCUCAACUUCAGUUAUCAAUUUGGGAGACGGGAAUAAUGAUGUGCUUUGAGAUUAUAAAGCUGAAUGAAAUAAUGAUUUUUACAGUAAUAUGGUGGGGGGGAUGGUGAUUUUGGUAGCUGUGCCUACAGAAUCAGUAGUAAAUAGUUCCAUUUACACACUCAGUAGUCUAAUCAACAUCAAAAAAACGAAGAUCAUGGCCACUGGGCCCAUCACCUCCUGGCAAAUAGAAGGGGAAGAAAUGGAGGCAGUGAGAGAUUUUACUUUCUUGGGCUCCAUGAUCACUGCAGAUGGUGACAGCAGUCACGAAAUUAAAAGACGCCUGCUCCUUGGGAGAAAGGCAAUGGCAAACCUAGACAGCAUCUUAAAAAGCAGAGACAUCACCUUGCCAACAAAGGUCCGUACAGUUAAAGCCAUGGUUUUCCCAGUAGUGAUGUAUGGAAGUGAGAGCUGGACCAUCAAGAAGGCUGAUCGCCGAAGAAUUGAUGCUUUUGAAUUAUGGUGCUGGAGGAGACUCUUGAGAGUCCCAUGGACUGCAAGAAGAUCAAACCUAUCCAUUCUUAAGGAAAUCAGCCCUGAGUGCUCACUGGAAGGACAGAUAGUGAAGUUGAGGCUCCAAUACUUUGGCCACCUCAUGAGAAGAGAAGACUCCCUGGAAAAGACCCUGAUGUUGGGAAAGAUGGAGGGCACAAGGAGAAGGGGACGACAGAGGACGAGAUGGUUGGACAGUGUUCUCGAAACUACAAACAUGAGCCUGACCACGCUGCGGGAGGCAGUGGAAGACAGGAGUACCUGGCGUGCUCUGGUCCAUGGGGUCACGAAGAGUCGGACACGACUAAACGACUAAACAACAAAGUCUAAUCCUUGAAAUCUCCCCCAGCCUUUCCUAUCCUGGUACUCUCUAGAGAUGUUUUGGAUUCCCAUCAGUCGGAGGUAAUAUUACAAAUGGUCGUGGGUGAUGGGAGCUGCAGACCUAAGCAUCUAAAAUGCACUAGGUUGCAGAAGGUUGUCUACUUCGUAUUUCUCUGGAAAUUAAUUGGGUUUGUAUAAAGCAGUUUGAGACCUGAUAUUUAAGUAAUUGUGUCAAGGAACCCAUUUAGAUGAAGCAUGACCAUUGAUACAGUAGUCAAGCAUAGAAAGGCUCAUGGGUCAAUAGAUAUGACUCCAUUACAAGAUAGAAAAUGUUAAUACUAACUUCCUCAUUUUCAUUUAAAUGUUAAAGUAUCUGUGCCAAUAUCACAUGUGGUGACUGCAUACGUACCAUUUUUGUGUUUGUUUGGGAUAGUGAAGCAGUGUAAAUCUGAAGUUUGUGGUCUUGGUAGGCAGGCAGAUACUGUACAUAACAGUUAAGGACACAUUUUUUGUGGUAGGGGUAUGUUUUGGUUUUGUGAUGGCCUUAAAUGUUAACAAAAUAAAUGUGCUAUAUUUUGUAGCACCUUAAAUGCAAGCAAUUUUACUGUGGUCUGAAUUUUCAUGAGCUAGCUUCCACUUUAUUGGGUGCAUGAAGUUUAAUGGCUAUGUGUACACAAAGACACACACACUAAUUAUAUUAUAUAAGCAUCAAACAGCACUUCAGACAAGCUUGCUCUGGUCUCUUUCAGGAUUCAUUUAUACACACCUACACCUUGUAUGCGGGUGGCACUGUGGGUUAAACCACAGAGCCUAGGACUUGCCGAUCAGAAGGUCGGCGGUUCGAAUCCCCGCGACGGGGUGAGCUCCCAUUGCUCGGUCCCUGCUCCUGCCAACCUAGCAGUUCAAAAGCACAUCAGAGUGCAAGUAGAUAAAUAGGUACCGCUCCGGCGGGAAGGUAAACGGCGUUUCCGUGCGCUGCUCUGGUUUGCCAGAAGUGGCUUAGUCAUGCUGGCCACAUGACCCAGAAGCUGUAAGCCGGCUCCUUCGGCCAAUAAAGCAAGAUGAGCACCGCAACCUCAGAGUUGGUUACGACUGGACCUAAUGGUCAGGGGUCUCUUUACCUUUACACCUUGUUUGCAGUGUGGGUGUAAAACUGAGGUUAUAGGACAGGCUUCCUCAACCUCAGCCCUCCAGAUGUUUUUGGUGUACAACUCCCAUGAUCCCUAGCUAGCAGGACCAGUGGUCAGGGAUGAUGGGAAUUGUAGUCUCAAAACAUCUGGAGGGCCGAGGUUGAGGAAGCCUGUUAUAGAGGAAUACCAACAGUGAUUAUUAUGUUAACAGUGGCUACUUACAAAAUAGCUGCUGAUCAUUCAAAAUACAGCGAUAUUAUUAUUAGUAUUUAUUAGAUCUGUUAGUUGCUUGCUAGGUAUGCAAGCAACUUAAAUUACAUUUAAAACAUAAAUAUCAAUACAUUAUGCAAUAAAAACAGAAAAACAACCCCCUCAAACAGCCCCAGGAAGCUUUGGCAGUGCACGAGUAACAAAAUGACAUCAUCUUAGUCUAUCAAAAGCUUGGGGGGGAAAUGAUAUAUCUUAAUUGGUGCUGAAAAUACUGUUUGUGUGACCCAAGCAGUAAAGAGGUUUAUAGGUCAAAACCAGCACUUUGAAUUGGGCUUUGGUAUCUUUGCUUUGGAUGCUAACUGACACAUGUAGUUUGAUGAUGGUACCUUUGUCCCUAUUCAAGCCACAAGUGAUGACAAUUAACAUCUUGAUAAAUUGUAAUACAGCAUUUUCACAUUAGUCUCCCUUGAAACUUCUUUUCUUCAAGGUUACAGGGGUCUGGUAGGUCGAGUUUCUGCAAAUAGUUUUUGAGUCUUGCCAUUUCUGGUGUCAAAUUUGCAUCAGUUUAUUAUUCUAUUUUAAAAUCUGGCCUAUUAGUCCAUAAUCUGGGAAACAAUGACAUAGAACUGAGCACAAAAUUCACAUUACUGCUGUCCCCACCCUCUGAGCCACUGCUGGCUGUAAUAAGCAGUUCAACCAUUUUCAGAGAUUAAAUAAUCAGUAGGAAAUGUUAGUAGCUGGCAUAAUCUAUGUCAACUGUCUUUUUCUUUUCUUUUUCUGGCUUUGUCUCUGCACCAGCACUUUGUGACUGGUGGGCAUCAGUAAAUUUCAGCCCAAGCAGUAGAAGGUUUGAGAACCCCUGUUUUCUGGAGGUUGCAGAAAUGCAUUGCAGGCAGAUUGAACAUUGGAAGAUGCGAAGGUGAAAGAACCUUUUGAUGCUGGCGCUAGUUCCAGUAAUAAUUUUGCAGGGCAGACAAGUGGACAAACUUUGCAUCUCUGUUUGCCACAUGGCUUGUUCCUCUGUCCAUGUUACAUGACAUAUUGCUGGUGAGUAGGUGUUUUAGGUUGGGUGGCUGUCUGUAAACAAGUACAGGUCUACCACCCAAGGCCUGUGAGAAAGUGUGACAGUCUUACUUUCUACAUCUCAUUUCCCUUUUGCAGCUACUUACACACAUAUGUGUGACACUUCAUGCUUCUGGUGACAUGGACUGCAGUCCAUGAAACUUUAUGCCAUAAUAAACUCGUUAAUCUUUAAGUUCUACAAGAUUCAUUGGUUUUGCAACCACAAAUGUUGCUACUGCUACUCUGAAUUUCCCCCCAAUUAAUAGAAUUAAGCAAUCAUCAUAAUAGAAUUACGUAUUCAUCACUAUAUUUGCAUGAACAGCUAAGAUGAAUUCUAGACUGCGGUAAAACAUCAGUAUUUUAUUCUUUGUUUUUAGAUGUGCAAGUCUAAUGGAAUGCUGGUUUUAAAUGACAGUCUAAUUCCUACACUGUCAGAGCAGCAUACACCUGAAGUUACAAAAGGUAAACAUUGUGAGUAGAAGUACUGAACUAUACUAAUAAACUGGAGGUGUAUGGACUAUUGAAAAGCCAAUUUUUAAAUUUGGGACAUGUCUUGACGGGCCUUUUUACAUUGUCUCAGGAUUGAGUAAGAGGCUUCAGGCAAUCAUUGAGGAAACAUGCAGUGAUCUUUGCAUGUUUACCUCAGAUUGCAAUGUUAGUCUUGUUCUAUUAUUUAAAGUUUAUAAAACUUUGGAAUUGAUUUGACUGAGUAAAAUGGAGAUUUACUUGUGUUCAAGAGCUCCUUCAGUACACAAAGCUCAUUGCAAGACAGCUUUUUGUACAUCAGAGGUAAAUGAGCUAAACUAGGUUUCAACUGGUCGACAUUUCUUGUCCCUUCUCAAUAUUACUAAUGCUAUAGAACUCUCAGCUUUAAAACUAUGUAUAAAUGGGUAUCCCAUAGUCUGUAGAAAUCCCAAUCUAUUACAAUGCAGCUUUCACAAAUACUCACUUGCCAGUGAGGUAAGAAUCAUAAAUACUAUAAAAAUAGUUUAAUUUAUAAUUUUCAUGAGCUGUUUCAUGCAUGUAUGUACUCUUCAGCGCAACACUUAACAUUUAAAAUUUGCAUUGACAGAGAGAAUAACAUAUAGUAGAGAUUUCCUCUUGAAGCUUUCAAAGGUUUCACUUGCACAAAAGAAACCAGAAUUUCUUCCCGAUCAUCCCAUUGUACUUGAAAAACCAGUAAGUGUUUGAAAGUAUUUAAGUAGCUUGUUUUGUGAUAAAAAGAGUACAGAUUAAUUAAUUGGUAGAGCAUGCUGUUGGUAUCUAGUGCUGCAGUCAUAGAAGGGGAAUUAUCUUACCCAGUGCUUUUUUUCUAAAAAAAAUGUUUAGGGGUACUCUCAUUUUCCUACUCGUAUUGAAAUACUGCCCCUCAAUGAGGCCAAACUUAGAUUCACAAAAUGUUUAGGGGUAUGUGUAUCCCUGCAUUGCCCCAGAAAAAAAGCACUGAUCUUACCCCUCUUCCCACUAUAUCCCCCAACACUCCUGAAUAGCUUCUCAAGUGUCCAGGGACAGCACAAAAUGCCUGAGAUGCGGAGCAAGGGGGUAAUUAGAUAGGGGCAGUAUUUGAAUAGAGCUCUUCUUAUGUAAGCUGCCUUCACUCAUUUACCCCCUCCUAGCCACUAUCACCCAGCAGGAGGCUACAGCAGGAGAAUGGGGGUGGGCUAUACCCCUUGUACAAGCGUACUUGCUUGAGCAACCUAGUAUCUUCCAUUUAUGCAAGCUCCUUCCAAAUUACUGUUCAAGGAAUAGUUCCUACUAAUAUGUUGCACAACUGGGAAUUCUGAGUUUUUCAGAGCAUCAAUUAUGAUAAGGUAAAUAUUGUAUAAUGUGUUCAUGUUCUUGUGUUUCAAUACUUUCCCAGUAACUCAGUCAUUCCCAUAAUCUGACAUGAAUACAAGAACUAUGGGUAUGACACAGUAAAGUGGGGUGUGGCUGGGAAUUUUUCAGAGAGCUGCUAUAGGGGAAUGCUAUAAAAAUCUUUAAACGUUUCUGGGUUUAAAGAGCAAUAUGGAAGGUAUGGGAAGGGCCUUACAAGAUUACAAGUAGAGAAACUGACUCAAAUUAAUGGAUACACUCCCAUUUUUUUUAUCAACUGCUAUUACUACUCCAAGAGCUUGUGUUCUCUUAUUUCCUGGUUCUGCUAUCCAUUUAUUAUUUUAUGUCAAUGGGGCGGGACUGGACCUGGUUGGUGGGCCAAAUCCAGAGUUCUCCCACCUUUUGUGGACCACUUAGACAGGUGAAUUGCCCUACCAACUUAUACUCUGUUGUCAGCUUUGAACUCAAGGCUUGCAGAGUGCAACAAGUGUGUGCUUGAUUCUUUUCCUUUUGGUAAUUUGGUACUUUUUGAAUUCAGCACUAUUAUUAUAGCAUCACAUUCUGCACAUAUGUCACAAGCAAUAUACAAAAUAUAUUAAAACAGCCAAAGAACAAUUAAAUAAGAGCACAGAAACUGAUAGCAGGUGAAUUUAAAAACAAACAGCAAUACAGGUGAAUUUAAAAACAAACAGCAAUACAAAGUAUUGUUGCUGCAGGGAAUCAGGGGAAAAAAGGCUCCAAAAUUGAAAGAAACCGAAUUUUACAAGUGUGCUUCUGUUUCUCCCGUUUCAGUUGGCACUGUUGGUUUACCUGUCUCAAACCUGAUGUUACAUGGCAUUUGGUGAUGGGCAGCUGGGGGUGGUUUUGACUAAACCAUGUCAUGGGCUAAAUGGGGAGGCGUGUGAGCUGAAAGUUCCCUUCUGUAGUUUUAUGCAUAUAUGUGUGCUCCCAGCUUUUUAAAUAUUUGCUCAGAGUCUAGUCCUGAGCUGUGAUUGCCCUUAAGCUUGCUUAAAUAUCUAUUGCGAAUAUUCUUCAUUAACUAAAUUUGGUGGUGGGACAUUUUGUCUUGUAGAAAAACUAUUUACUACCUACUGCAAGCAACAAUAGGUCUUUCUGAAGAUGAGGAAUGUGUCUUUUUCACCACUAAAAAUUAAGGGAAAUGGGAUCUGUAAUGCCAAUAGACUGUAAUCAAAAUUUAUCUUUUACAGUUGGUGUACCCAUCAGUUCAUUUCGGAAGUAAAGCUGUUUUCAACAGAAAACUUAUGUGAAAACUUCAAGUUUUGUAUGACUUAAACCAAUAGUUCACUGAGCUUUUGUAGUUAUAAAGGAGAGAACUGCUAAAAUGAGGCAAAACCAUUGUCACUUUUCAAAUUUGGAAAUGUUGCCUAUGACACCAUAGCUGUGAUUCCCGAAGGACUGAAGUUCACUUGAUCACUUUUGCUGCAACUGAUUAGAUAUGUGCAAUGGUGAGGAAGGCUAUUCUCAUUGGUCGGCUACUAUAAACUACUGACUCCUCAUGGCUACAUACACCUUACAGUAAGCCUUCAAACCACCAUCACAUAGUAAACAUUCCUCUGUAUCAACCCUUAGUGAAUGUUAAGUACGCUGUGUAUUAUAUAUGUAUAUCUAAAAUACUGGCUAGUCUUUUAUAAAAGCACAUACUUAAAUCUCUUCCAUUGAAAUCAUUGGGACUUGACUUUGGUUGGAUUGUGCCAUUUUUUUUUCUAGUGUUAUAACAUUUCUAAUGUAUUUAUAAAUAGUAGCGGUAUGUUUUAAUAAUUUUAUCGUGACCUGUCCUUUUCCCUCUCUGCCCUUCCCCCAUUUUUCACCUUAUCUUUUUCCAUCAAUCACUGUAAUUCUUCCUAAAUAAACUAGAUUGAUUCAGGGUGGUGUGGAUUUUAAACUGUGUAGAGUUAAUUAUGUGACUGUAAGCCACUGAUCUUACUGUCUUAACUUUAGUCAUCAGUAUACAAAACAGUCCUACUUGGGAGUAGACCUGUUGAAAUGAAUCAACUUAAGUCCAUUGAUUUUAGUGGGUCUGUUGAGUAGGACUAAAGCCUGAUACCACUCUCUAUAACCAAGUGAUAUCUUUCUAGGUUAACGGUAGCUGUUGCUAGCAGCUAUAGCUCUGUGGCACCAGGCAGUGGAAUUAUAUAAAGGCUAAGUCCUAUCCUGCUUUCUGUACUAAAAAAAUAGUAGUUUGUUCUGCUAUACAUAUCUCCCUUUAUGAUUGCCAACUUAUCUGCUGCUGACAUUGUAGACAGAUAUACAAAUAAUGGUUACUUGCAACUUGUGCGGGGUUACGUUCUAGGGAUUGCGCGUAAAGCCAAAAUUGUGUAUAGUCAGAACAACCUCUUGAACUGCCCCGUGAGCAUCCCUACUACUCCAAAACCAGUGCAGCAAAUGGACUUUGCCUCCAACACAAGGUGGAGAGCUUUUAAGCUCUUGCUUUCCUUACUGGGCUGUGUUCCUUAAAUGGACAUCCUCGUCAUAAACAUUGUUACAGGUAACUUAAGCGAUUUCAACUUUGCAGCCAGUCAGUUGAAAUUACACAAAUGAAAUGCACUGAAGGUGGACAGCUAAAAUUCGUUCUCAUUUGUGACUUGACCUAUCAUUGUUGGAAGGAAGACUGGUAAAUGGCCUGUGUUUCUGAUCUUUUCCGAAGACUGCAAACAGGUUUUAAAACUGAGCAAAUCCUUGUGUGUGUGUUAGGAGUGUAGAGAUGGAAUAGCACUUUCUUCCAUGGGCAAAGUUUUUCUUGAAGAUCUUUUGGCUGUGCAUGGGCUUACAGCGAAGCUUUCCAU